CCGACUGCCUGAGCCGGUUUCUCGGCAUCUCCCGCUGGGCUCGGGAGAGGGUAGGACCAUGGACGGGCUCCGGGCUAGCGCUGGGCUGCCGAGGCGCGGGCGGUUGAGGCGCCGGCGCCAGCCACAGCCACAUAGCGGGUCGGUCCUGGCCCUGCCCCUGAGGCCCAGGAAGAUCCGAAGGCAGCUGAGGAGAAGUGUCGCGUCCCGGAUGGCCGCGCUGAGGGCCCAGGCGCUGCCGAGCGAGGACUCGGAGGACUCGAGGGUGGAGUCGAUGGUCGACGAUCGCAGGGACCCGCUGGCUGGAGGGGCGGCGGCCCUCUCGGAUGUGACCCGGCGGGAGCCGUACGGCCACCUCGGGCCCGCGGAGCUGUUAGAGGCCUCGCCCGCGUCCCGAUCCCUGCAGACUCCCCGCGCCCUGGUGGAGGCGCAGACCCCAUCGGCGCGCUUGGUGGAGGCGCAGACCCCGCCGGCGCGCCUGGUGGAGGCAUCCGCCCUGCCGGCACGCCUGGUGCAGGCCUCGGGCCCCCCGCCGCGCUUGGUGGAGACCUCGGCCGUGCUGUGCUCUGCCCAGCACUUGGCGGCCGCCCCGCCGUCCGUGGCUCCAGCGACGCUGUCGGGGCCGCAGGGGGAAAGCGCGGGUGGGGAGCUGCCCUGGGACUCCCCGCUGCAGCGCGUCUUGGCUGAGCUGAACCGCAUCCCCAGCAGCCGGCGGCGGGCGGCGCGCCUCUUCGAGUGGCUCAUCGCGCCCAUGCCGCCCGACCAUUUCUACCGGCGCCUAUGGGAGCGCGAGGCUGUGCUGGUGCGGCGGCAGGACCACACCUACUACCAGGGUCUUUUCUCUACCGCCGAUCUGGACUCAAUGCUGCGCGACGAGGAGGUGCAGUUUGGGCAGCACCUGGACGCCGCGCGCUACAUCAGUGGGCGGCGCGAGACCCUGAACCCACCCGGCCGCGCCCUGCCCGCCGCCGCGUGGUCCCUGUACAGGGCCGGCUGCUCCCUGCGCCUCCUCUGUCCGCAGGCUUUCUCCACCACCGUGUGGCAGUUUUUGGCUGUGCUCCAGGAGCAGUUUGGAAGCAUGGCAGGCUCCAACGUUUACCUCACGCCCCCCAACUCGCAGGGCUUUGCCCCCCACUACGACGAUAUCGAGGCUUUUGUGCUGCAGCUGGAAGGUAGGAAACUCUGGCGGGUCUACCGACCGCGGGUUCCGACCGAGGAACUAGCCCUGACAUCCAGCCCCAACUUCAGUCAGGACGACCUAGGAGAGCCGGUGCUGCAGACGGUGCUGGAACCUGGAGAUUUGCUCUAUUUUCCCAGAGGCUUCAUUCACCAAGCCGAAUGCCAGGAUGGAGUGCACUCUCUGCACCUGACCUUGUCCACAUACCAGCGCAAUACCUGGGGCGACUUCCUGGAGGCCGUACUGCCUCUGGCAGUGCAGGCUGCAAUGGAGGAAAAUGUGGAGUUUCGUAGGGGACUGCCCCGAGACUUUAUGGAUUACAUGGGGGCCCAGCAUUCGGAGUCUAAGGAUCCGCGAAGAACUGCUUUCAUGGAGAAAGUGCGGGUCUUGGUUGCCCGCUUGGGACACUUUGCCCCUGUCGAUGCUGUGGCUGACCAGAGAGCCAAAGACUUCAUCCACGAUUCUCUGCCCCCAGUGUUGACUGAGAGGGAGAGGGCGCUAAGCGUUUAUGGGCUCCCAAUUCGGUGGGAGGCUGGGGAACCCGUAAACGUGGGGGCCCAGUUGACAACAGAAACAGAAGUGCACAUGCUUCAGGAUGGUAUAGCUCGGCUGGUGGGUGAGGGAGGCCAUUUGUUUCUCUAUUAUACAGUGGAAAACUCCCGAGUUUAUCAUCUGGAAGAGCCCAAGUGCUUGGAGAUAUACCCCCAGCAAGCUGAUGCCAUGGAACUCCUGCUCCGCUCCUACCCAGAGUUUGUGAGGGUAGCGGACUUGCCAUGCGACAGUGUGGAGGACCAGCUUUCCCUGGCGACCAUGUUAUAUGACAAGGGGCUGCUGCUCACCAAGAUGCCUCUAACCUGAACUAG